UUUUUACAGAUAGAAUCAAAAGUAGGAAACUGACGACCUGUUCCAGACAUUCAUAGCUAGCUAGCUAGUCAAGAGACACUGCGGUACAGUUGUUUGCAAGGUGGAGAUGGAUGCAACGAAGGUCUGCGAGGGGAAUGAAGACACUAGGGGGGUGCGCAGGAGGGUGCAAGGUUCAGAUAAGGCAAUACUCGAGGGACGACCAGUUCAAGUGACUAACAUCUCAGCCUCCACCGUCUGUCAAGAAACUCGAUCGCCCACUCGCAAGUUAUCACGGUCCAAUUCUGGCCUCAGGCUAAAACCUGUUGUUCAGGCUGGUCGCCCCGGACAACCAACCAGGAGCGUACCCACUACAUGGUUCCAGCAUAACGAAGAGGGGCCUCCCCUUACUUAUAAGAUGGAGGUCAACUUGUUGCUAUGGCUACUCGUGGGCGUGGGAUUUGCUGUACGGUUUUGGAAACUAGACUGUCCCCGGAACAUAAUAUUUGAUGAGGUUCAUUUUGGCAAGUUUGCAAGUUACUAUCUCCAGCGAACGUUCUUUUUUGAUGUUCACCCCCCGCUAGGGAAGCUACUCUUUGCCGGGAUAGGUUACCUAGCUGGCUAUGAUGGCUCCUUCCUCUUCCCAAGCAUCGGAGUAGAGUUUCCUUUUAUGGUGCCGUACAUUGCAAUGCGUGGAGCCUCUGCUCUGUGCGGCUCUCUCCUCAUACCGUGUGUUUACUCUAUCAUGUUGGAGCUUGGUUUCUCCCACAGGGCAGCUCUCUUAGCAGGCUUCUUCACUAUAUUUGAAAACUCGCUGGUGCUUCAGAGCCGUGUCAUCAUGCUUGACUCGUUCCUCAUUCUCUUCACUUACCUCUCACUUCUCUGCUUCCUCAAGUUCUACCAUCAGAGACACGCCCCAUUCUCCCCGUCCUGGCACAAGUGGCUAGCGUACACUGGCCUAGCUCUCGGCCUCAUGUUAGGUGUAAAGUACAGUGGUCUCCUGGGGCUCGGCUGUGUGGGUCUGCUGACCCUGUGUGACCUCUGGCAGCUACUAGCAGACAAGGCUAUUGACGUGACUGAACUUGCACUUCAUGUUCUACUGAGGGGUGUGUACUUACUGGGGAUUCCCCUACUCAUGAAUAUCAUUAUCUUCUAUGUCCACUUCCUGGUGUUGAAUCAAGCUGGUCCUGGCAACUCGUUUGUCUCACUACCGUUCCGUAACUCUCUUCAGGGAUCUGUUGAAACUCCUCUCAUUGAGCUGUCUUCGAAUGCAACUUUGAUUAGGUACAACUCUAACUUCACGCUUCGCUCGACUGAUGUGUCUUGUUGGCUCCACUCUCACGACCAUCUCUACCCACUCAAGUACGCUGAUGGGAGGGGCUCCAGUUACCAGCAACAAGUCACUUGCUAUGACUUCAAGGAUCCCAAUAAUGCGUGGACCAUCAGGAAACCUGCCGGUACGAAUGAUUCGUCCAUCUCAGAGGACAUAGGGGUCGUACGGAAUGGGGACGAGGUAGAGGUAGUUCACCUGCUAUCAGGCAAGCUACUAAACAGCCAUGAUGUAGCCGCUCCACUAAGCCCCACCCUCCAAGAGGUGGCGGGCUAUAUUAACUAUUCAGCUGCCUUUGUACCUCACGUACACUGGAAAGUGAGUGUGGUUGGACUGAAGGAUGGUGACCCUGUUUACUGGGAACCUGGCAGACUGAGAUUGAAGUUACAUCACACGUUCUCCAAGCAAGCACUAGCAUGCACAGGUAAACGUCUCCCGGAAUGGGCCUUCCAACAAUACGAGGUGGUGACAGACAAAGCAGUGGAGGGAAGCCAGACUAUCUGGACAAUGGAGGAUCUGCAGGUUGUGAGGGGAGACAACAAGACUAGAGAUGAAGAGGAGGCUAUAAAGAAAGAGUGGAUAAGUCAGAAACAGGCUAACCAGAAUGUAGAGUUCACAGUCAGCGACAGCUACUCAUUCCUAGAGAAGUAUUUGGAGAUCCAACAUCACAUGUUGACGGCCCAUGGUUCCCUAGGAGACCAUGCGUUUGGAACGCCCCCUCACAACUGGCCGCUAUUGAGUAAGACCCUGCCCUAUUGGCUUGAUGAGACGAGCAACAGUCAGGUGACUCUGAUGGGGAAUCCCCUCCUCUGGUGGGCGGGGUGUGGGGGCGUGGCACUAUUCCUGCUACUGAGUGCGGUGUAUGCACUGGCUAGCAAGAGACUCGUCUAUAUCAUCCAACCAGCUGAGUUUGAGGGUUGGUUGACAAGAGGGGGUGUGCUGGUGGGUUGUUGGCUGGUCCACUUCCUGCCUUACUUCCUGUUGUCUCGAGUCUUGUUCCUCCAUCACUACCUCCCAUCACUGCCUUGUCAACUCAUGCUCCUAGCUGCCCUCUGUGAUCACCUCCACAUAUGGACUAACACACUACCCCCUGUGCUGCGUAUGCUCUACCCCCUCCUGGUGAUUCUCUUCUGUGUCUGCGUGGUCGCCUCCUUUCUCGUCUUUGCCCCGUUCACGUAUGGCUUCCCCUCUCUCUCUGUGGAGCAGAUAAAAUGGCGGCACUGGAUCGAGACCUGGGACCUGCUGUUUCAUAUGACUGCCUCUUCUUGAAACUGUUUGGCAUUGUAUGUGUUUUAUGUAUGCAUUCAGUCACAAUCAAUUUCUGUUUUCUUGAUUUUUGCAUAUAUUUCAUGACUAAUAAGAACACUUAACGAUAUGUCUCAUGUGAUCACUAUAUAUCAUUAUUACUACCCUGAGCUGA